AUGUCUCCGUGUUCGAUGUUGUUGAAGCGCGUGGCUAGGCCUCCGGCCGCCAUGAUGUGCAGAUCGGUUCGGCCGCGGUGGACUCCGUCAUUCGGCGUUCCAAGCAGGACAAUUCAUCAUCCCUUGCGGUCGGUCUCAAACUCAGUAUCCUCUCGCUCACUGAGCACGACAGCCUCCACUCGGAUCGAAGGCUUCCCUUCCCAGGUAGAGAAUGCGACUUCAAUUCCUUUCUCUGAGACUCCCUCCGAGAAGCGCACUCCGCAAACCUUGACGGAGAAGAUUGUACAACGCUAUGCUGUCGGCCUCCCCGAAGGAAAGCUCGUUCGGAGCGGCGACUACAUCAGUCUUGCCCCCGGGUACUGCAUGACUCACGACAACUCGUGGCCCGUCGCGCUCAAGUUCAUGUCUAUGGGAGCUACCAAGGUCAACAACCCGAAGCAGAUCGUCAUGACUCUCGACCACGACGUGCAAAACACGAGCGCGGCGAACCUCAAGAAAUACGAACAGAUCGAGACUUUUGCUAAGCAGCAAGGUAUCGACUUCUAUCCUGCCGGCCGGGGUAUUGGACACCAGAUUAUGGUAGAGGAAGGAUACGCGUGGCCAGGUAGCAUGGCGGUAGCAUCAGACAGCCAUAGUAACCAUUAUGGUGGAGUUGGUUGCCUUGGAACUGCUGUUGUGCGGACCGAUGCUGCCAGUAUUUGGGCCACAUCGCGGACAUGGUGGCAGAUUCCGCCUGUUGCGCGGGUAACGUUCACUGGAACACUACCAGUGGGUGUGACAGGCAAGGAUGUGAUUGUCGCAUUGUGUGGACUCUUCAAUAGUGACGUACUCAACCACGCAAUUGAGUUCACCGGCUCUGAAGAGACCAUGUCGAGCCUCCUUGUGGAUAGUCGCAUGACGAUUGCCAACAUGACGACCGAGUGGGGCGCGCUCACUGGUCUCUUCCCCAUUGAUAAUACUCUGAAGCGCUGGUUGCGGUACAAGGCUACCGAGGCAGCGAUGUCCAAUGACCGCACCACCAGCCAGCGUAUCACGCACGAAAGAAUCGACGAGCUCUACGCCAACCCCCUCACCGCGGACCCCGAUGCCGUGUACGCCAAGCAGCUCUACCUCAACCUCUCUACCCUCUCGCCUUACGUCUCGGGCCCUAAUUCAGUGAAGGUAGCUACACCACUGAACGAGCUCGUCCAACAGGACAUCAAAGUCAACCGCGCAUACAUCGUCUCCUGUACCAACUCGCGUGCUUCGGAUCUUGCGGCAGCCGCCAAGGUCUUCAAAGACGCUGCCAAGGCUAACCCCGACACCCCUCCCAAGAUUGCUGACGGCGUCAAACUCUAUAUUGCUGCUGCCUCCGCACCGGAACAAGAGGCCGCUGAAUCCACUGGCGACUGGCAGGCUCUCCUCGACGCUGGUGCCCAGCCCCUUCCUGCUGGAUGCGGACCUUGCAUUGGCCUCGGAACAGGUCUUUUAGAGCCCGGUGAGGUGGGCAUCAGUGCCAGCAACCGUAACUUCAAGGGACGCAUGGGUUCACGAGACGCCCUGGCAUACCUGGCAAGUCCCGAAGUCGUGGCUGCCAGCGCUCUCAGCGGUGUUAUCUCUGACCCCGGCGCUUACCAGGUGCCAGAGGGCUGGUCUGGCGUGGAACACGGAUUCGGCACUGGUCUCGAACCCACCACCGAGACCGAGCUCACCAGCCUACUCCAACAGAUGGAAUCUCUGAUUGAUCGGGUUGAGUCCGCCGUAGACGACUCCAAGCCUGCCACCGAGAUUCUGCCAGGAUUCCCCGAGCGCAUCAGUGGCGAAAUCGUCUUCCUCGACGCUGACAAUCUUGACACUGAUAGCAUCUACCCCGGCAAGUUGACAUACCAGGACAACGUCUCCAAGGAGGACAUGGCCACCGCUUGCAUGCAGAACUACGAUCCCGACUUCAAGGGCAUUGCUAAGCCAAAUGACAUCCUCGUCGCCGGCUUCAACUUCGGUUGCGGAUCCUCAAGAGAACAGGCUGCCACUGCCAUUCUCGCCAAGCAGAUCCCGCUCGUCGUGGCUGGCAGUUUCGGAAAUAUUUUCUCCCGAAACAGUAUCAACAAUGCUCUCAUGGGUCUUGAGGUUCCCCGCCUUGUUGAGCGUCUACGUGCCACCUUCGCUCAACCAUCUUCUGGUGAUGCUGCGGGCCGCCAGCUGACGCGCCGCACAGGCUGGACUCUGACUUGGGACGUGAAGCGUAGCGUCGUUGAGGUCAAGGAGGGUGAGUCUGGCGAGAGCUGGACUGAGCAGGUCGGCGAGCUGCCAGCCAAUGUACAGGAGAUCAUCGCGGAAGGUGGUCUCGAGGCGUGGGUCAAGGGCAAGGUUGCGGAGUCCAAGUGA